CCAUGGGGGGGUCGGGAGAAGAAGGGGGACCGCACCAGGACAGUGGAGGUGCAGGUACGCCCCGUGUCUUCCAUCUGCUUCCAGACGCGCACCCGGCUGCUCAUUUUGAAACUCGGUGCAAAUUGCUGAAGUUUGGGAAGAUGUCUAAUACUACUGAUAUCUGCCCUCAUCUGGAUUCAGUAGGAGAAAUCACUAAAGAGGAGCUGUUACAGAAAUCAAAGGGUACAUGUCAGUCAUGUGGUGUUGGUGGACCAAAUCUAUGGGCUUGCCUUCAGAAUGGCUGCUCCUACAUAGGAUGUGGAGAGUCAUAUGUUGACCACAGCACAUUGCAUUCGCAGGCUAAGAAGCAUAACUUGACUGUGAACCUGACUACAUUCCGAGUAUGGUGUUAUGCCUGUGAGAAGGAAGUUUUCCUGGAACAACGAUCCAUUGCACCAAGCCCAGCACUGUCAAGCAGAUCAACAGAGCAGGGCUCUGGCUUAUCGCUUGGCAGUAUUCCAUUCAAAACUGUUCCCAUUGCUGUUGCAGAUGAGGGAGAAUCAGAAUCUGAGGAGGAUGAGCUAAAACCAAGAGGGCUCACGGGCAUGAAGAACAUCGGAAACUCCUGCUACAUGAAUGCUGCUCUACAGGCUUUGUCCAAUUGUCCACCACUCACCCAAUUCUUCUUGGAGUGUGUAGGCUUGGUUCGUACAGACAAAAAACCAGCUCUUUGUAAAAGCUACCAGAAACUUAUCUCUGAGCUUUGGCACAAAAAACGUCCCAGCUAUGUUGUUCCAACAAGCCUUGCCCAUGGCAUUAAGUUGAUUAAUCCAAUGUUUCGUGGCUACGCACAGCAGGACACACAGGAAUUUCUCCGCUGUUUGAUGGAUCAACUCCAUGAAGAACUUAAGGAACCCUUGUCUGAGCGAGACUCUGAUUGCUCAAGUGACACGGAUGAAAAGCGUGAUGGUGACAGAAGCCCUUCAGAGGACGAAUUUCUGUCUUGUGACUCUGGCGCAAGCAGCGACAAAGGGGAAGGGGAGAACAGAAGCAGGUAUACUGCUGAGAAGCAGAUUGAGACUGAGCUCCUAAUUCAGGACGAAUGCGGGAAAGGAAUUUCCGAAAAGGAGAGGCAGAAAGACCGAAAAUUUUCAUGUGGACACCAUAGAUUGGGGACGGUGGAUGCAAUUGAUGAAGAUGCAGAUGUGGACACAUCUCUGAGUUCUGGAGAUGCUGGAGGUUCUGGAGAUGCUCCCACUUCCACGGCUUCCAACAGUAUUUGCAGAACACCAGAACCUGACAAUGACGUAAACAUGCAUUGCACAUCGCGGUCCUGCAGUCCCAUCCAUCAGGAACUUCAUUCCAAUUUGUCCAGCAGUCCACCUCGAUCAAGUCCAAUGCGACCAGUGUCAUCGUUUUCCCUCAAAAAAGCUCAACUUCUAUUAUCUACCAAAAAGAAAAAGCAGGCCAAGUACCGCAGUGUUAUUUCUGAUAUCUUUGAUGGGUCAAUUUUGAGCUUAGUCCAAUGUCUCACAUGUGAUAGAAUUUCUUCCACAGUGGAAACAUUUCAGGAUUUGUCAUUGCCAAUUCCUGGGAAAGAAGACCUAGCUAAACUGCAUGCGUCCAUCCACCAAAACGUACCAGUGAAAACAGGCACUUGUAGUGAUGCCUACACUACACAAGGAUGGGUUGCAUUCAUUAUGGAUUAUAUUAGAAGGUUUGUUGUGUCCUGCAUCCCAAGCUGGUUUUGGGGUCCUGUAGUGACUUUAGAAGACUGCUUAGCUGCCUUUUUUGCUGCUGAUGAGCUGAAGGGUGACAAUAUGUACAGUUGUGAGCGAUGUAAAAAGUUAAGGAAUGGAGUCAAAUACUGCAAAGUCCUUAAGCUUCCAGAGAUUCUUUGUAUUCACUUGAAACGCUUUCGCCAUGAAGUGAUGUACUCCUUUAAAGUAAAUAGCCACGUGUCUUUCCCGUUGGAAGGUCUUGACCUUCGACCAUUUCUUUCGAAGGAGAGCUCAUCUCAAAUCACAACCUAUGAUCUUUUGUCUGUUAUUUGUCAUCAUGGAACUGCAGGCAGUGGUCACUACACAGCCUAUUGCCAGAAUGUAAUUAAUGGUCAGUGGUACGAGUUCGAUGAUCAGUAUGUCACAGAGGUCCAUGAGACAGUAGUACAGAAUGCUGAGGCUUAUGUACUUUUUUACAGGAAGAGCAGUGAAGAGGCAGUGCGGGAAAGACAAAAGGUUGUAGCUUUGGCCAGUGCGAAGGAACCCAGCCUCCUCCAAUUCUACAUCUCCAGGGAGUGGCUAAACAAGUUCAACACCUUCACAGAGCCAGGGCCAAUCACCAACUACACCUUCCUCUGUUUACAUGGAGGCAUUCCACCGAAUAAGUAUCACUACAUUGAUGAUCUGGUGGUGAUUCUGCCCCAAAAUGUAUGGGAGUAUUUGUACAACAGGUUUGGAGGUGGCCCUGCUGUGAACCAUUUAUACAUCUGUUCCAUUUGCCAAGUAGAAAUUGAGGCAAUUGCUAAAAGGAGGAAAAUGGAAGUUGACACUUUUAUAAAGCUAAACAAAGCAUUCCAGGCUGAGGAGUCUCCUAGUGUCAUUUACUGCAUAAGCAUGCAGUGGUUCAGAGAGUGGGAAGGUUUCGUUAAAGGCAAGGAUAAUGAGCCUCCAGGUCCAAUAGACAACAGCAAAAUUGCAAUCAUUAAGGGUGGCCAUGUUCAACUUAAACAAGGUGCAGAUUAUGGUCAGAUAUCAGAGGAAACGUGGAACUAUCUGUUCACUAUUUAUGGUGGGGGACCAGAAAUUGCCAUGCGACAGAAUGUGGUUCAGACUGACUUGGACAGUCCACAGGGAGAACGGAAAAUAGAAGCGGAAACCCGAGCCGUGUGACCAUAGACCUGCCAAAAAAAAUGGUUGAAAGGUACUUUUUGAACAGCAGGAAGCAAAACUCUAAAUGGAUUCAAGGUACAGAUCAGCCAUGAUAAAACUGAAUAAUGGAAGAGGUUUGAGGUGCUAAAUUAGGUACUGCCAAUCCUGCGUUCUCUGCUUAGAUGCAACCAUUGUACAAAAGUUUAGAAAACUUUUAUUCCCAAGAACACACAAUGUCACUAACAGUUUGCAUUUUCAUAGUGCCUUUAAUGUAGUGAAAAGUCCUAAGUUGCUUUGGAAGACUCUAAUGAAACAAAACUCAACACACAAGUAAGCAGAUAUCUUGAGCUUGGGCAAAGGGAUUAGAUAUUAAGGAGCAAAUUAAAGGUGGAGAAAAUGGGUUUACUUGGUGGAUACCAGAGCUUGAGGCUGGAUAUUUGAGGGCACAGUCACCAGCAGUGGAAUGAUUAAAAUCAAGAAUGCCUUAGAAGCCAGAAUUGUUGAGGUAUAGAGAUCUGAAAUUCAAAUACCGGGGGAUCUUUAUAGGGAAAGGGGAUGCUUUGAAGGGUUUUGAAAAGGAGGAUGUGCAUUUUAAAAUUGAGGCCAUCAACAAACACAGGACUUAAUGCGAAUUAAGGUAUGGACACUUGUGUUUUGGUAAGGGAAUGCAAGAUAAUGAAAGAUUGAGGCCAGCCAGCAAUGCCGUUUAAUGAAGUUUAGAGGUAAAGAAAAUGGUCCUUGUUGACUUGCUCCAUGUUAAUAUUGAAUUCAUGCCAACUCUGACUGAUCUGAUAUUCUGUGCCAGAAACUCUUGCGGCCACACAUGCUGACAAAUUCUCUAAUCUAUUGGGUCAUCCUCCAGUGUUAGACUGGACCCCAACAAAUCCAAGUUUGGGAGAUGUCAUGUUUAUGUACCAGUACCUUACAUCUCUGAUCUGUAGAAUUGGCAUGCUUCUCCAAAAACACAUUAAGCUGAGAAAAUAAGAAUGAGAAUUUUUUUUCAUACACCCCUCCAGUGUAAUAGCCAUAUUAACAAAAGCCUGGAUACUGAUUGUUUGUACACUUUUGGCUAGACAGUAGAGUAUUUACUUAGAAUUUGCAGCACUGAAACUGACCAGUAUUUAUCUCUUCAUGGAAUGAGGGUCUUGCUGGCAAGGCCAGCAUUUCUUUCUUAUCCUUAAUUGUCUUUGAACUAUGCAACUUGCUAGGCCAAUUCAAAGGCCAACGAAGAAUCAACCACCAGGACGUCACUUCCAGACCAUGUAAGGAUGAGAAACUUUCUCCAGUAAAUGACAUUAGGCUUUUUUAAACCAGAGUUGGUGGUUUCAAGAUUCCUGGUCACUGUAACUGAGGCUGUCUUUCCAUUCCAGAUUUUAUUUCACUUCACCCCUACAGCAGCUAGUGGAAUUUUUGAACCCUUGUCCCCAUCAUUAGCUUGGGCCUCUGGAUUACUUGUUCCAGUGACCUGGCCAUAUGCCACCAACUUUUCCCCACUGGGUUUGUGCCACUGUUGAUACUUUGUAUGAGUCUCCUCCUAUAUGACUUUGUCUAAGUUUGAGAUCAAAGCGGAAAAGCCUUAGCUAAUUGGACAGUACUUGUGAAAAGAGAAACAGUUUUAUCUCAGGUGGAUGAUAAUAUUUUGGGUCUGUUAGGUCAAGGAAGCAUGACAUUGCUGUGCAGACGUUUGCACCUUCUGUCUUAGAAUUGUCAGUUAAGUUUAAUCCGGAUAUGUAUCCUAUCCCUUCCUACUUUGUAAGUAUUUAGGUACCCUUUUAUAAUCAUUCUCGUUGCCUACUUGACCUUCCUAAUCAUCAUGGCAGGAAGUUCGAAUUCCAAGCACUCCCUGUGACAAGAAGUUUGUCGUGAAAGUACAACUGAUUAUAAUAUGAAAUUAAAGUGAUCAGCACAGAAUUGCUGAUGUAGUUGUUUAAUCAACAUUGACAAUGAAACCAAUUAAGGAUGAACAUUUUUGUUUUGCAGGCUAUGAUCCUGAGGUCAAGGAUAAUGAGCACUGCAACGUUUGCACCUGUGAUGAAUCUAUGUGAGCACUUUGUAAUUUAACUGUAGAAAUCCUUUUUAAAGCUAUUUUAUUUCUUUCUGACUAAAUGUACGGCUAGAAAAAGAAGUGCGUUGCAUAAUGCCAUGCAUAGUCGAGAGCACUCUGGAUAUACUAAUGCUGUACUUGGAUAAGUCUUGACUGUAUUUCCUUUAAGUAGAGCCUACACUUCUGUUUGUCCUGUGUGUAUGUAUAAAACACACAUCUUGUUCUACCAAGAGGUCUGUCAUUUGUGUAUCUUAAUUACAGUAGCGAUUUGGGCCUGCAAUAUCGUGAUGAUGCACAUGCAACAUAGCUGGUAUGGUCAUAAGCCCAAAGGUUAAAUGAAGUCUUCACGAGAUGGUUUUUUUAGGGAGAGAAUUUCUCCCAGUGGUUCUAGUAGCAGUUUGGCAAUGUCAGCGAGGUACACUGUUCAAUGCUGUUGCAAAUGUUGCUUGUUUUCUAAUGUAAUCUAUGCAGCAGGUGUUUGAUCUCAACAUGUGUAAAUAUUUUUGUUUUGUUAUUCCCAAGCUCAUUAUGGCUCUCCCAUCCUACGCAUCAUUUCCCAACUUGCUUUAUCAAUGGAAUUUGAGCUUUUAGGCAGGUUAGCUUGUUCUGAAUUUUUAAUUUUUUUUUUAAAUGUUUUAAAAGGGAUGACCAGAUGACCUGGUAAAGAGCAGGAGUUCCCAAAGGGGGUACUCACCAUUAUAAUUUGCUGUGUCAUUGGCGUUACCAAUAUGCAUUCUUAAUUAUGUGCCAAAGUUUCUGCAUUGGAGGAAAAAUCCUCAAUAUGCAUCUUAAAAUUUUACCUGAUGGAGGAGUUGCAGGGGCCACUGAGCUACACCUCUGAUUAAUUCCCCACAAACACAUGUUUUGACGUAAGCAUUCAACUCAAGGACACAAUUUGUUUGAGGAGGGGGAAUCAUAAAGUUAAAAGAAUACAAAAUGGUAGCCAUCCACAUCCCAUGUAGAAAAAAUUUAAGAUUUCUAUCUCAGAAUAAAAAUAUAAAGAACAGCAAGAUCAAUAUGAUAAUGGUGCAGACCCCAAAUGCCAUCUUCCUAUGCUGUCCCAAAUCCCUUACUGCUUUAGUAUCUCAAAAUCUAUUGAACUCUGCCUUGACCAUGUUCAACAACUAAGCAUCUACAGCUCACUGUGGUAGAGAAUUCCAAAGAUGACAAUGUAGAACUGAGAUGAGAAAUUUCUUUAUUCAGGAUUGUGAAUCCUUGAAAUUUUGUACCACUUGAGGUGAUAGGGCAAGAAGAUAGAGUUGAGGGAGAAGGUCAGGCUGAUGUUAUUGAAAAGCGAAGCAACCCAAAGGUUUGAAUCACUUAUUCCUUUGACAAAUUAACUCAUUUAAACACAUCUUGGGUUUUGUAGUCACCUCCUUAGUUCAUUUGCUUAGCUGAUUCAUGCAUUAAGUUCUUGCCUUGCUGUAUUACUUGCUUUAGAUGAUUCACUUUAAACAACAUCCAAUUUUCAAACUGGUUUGCUAAAUUCUAGAAGUUAUGAGCGUUACGGCAAUAAUUCUGAAUUUAAGAGCAUUUAAACUAUUGUUUCCUACAUGGACUGAAACCUCAUGUUGCACCAGUUCCUCCAUUAACUCAUCGAACUUGUGAAAUUCCAAUGCUGGAAUUAUGGGGAAAAUAUACUUUUUUUUUCUGGAUAAGUCCUUAGUGACAAUAGAACAUUAACGUUCUUUUUUUCUCCUCAGUUGGAAAUCUUGACUUUUUCUUAGACGCCUUUGAAUUUGGUGUUUUGUCUAACGUGGCUUAAUCUGAUCAGAGGUCUGUCUGUCGGGAAAUAUUGAACAGAUGCUAUUCUGUUCAUCCCAGUCUUGUAUUAAAAAUUUCUGCUUCACCUUAGUGAUGGUAAAAGAUGCUUAGUGCCCACACUCAGGUCAAGAAUUGUACAUUACAUUCUGCAAUGUCAACUACUGCUAGUUCUACUUUUGCCAUGAUAUAUCAGGCUUUGGACUUGUUCUGUCAGCAGACCCAGAUCUGUCCAGCUUCCCGCCACUUUUUACCUGAGAAAAGUGAGGUCCCCUGAUCGUAAGCAAGUAACAUUACUGUUUAUGCAAUGAAUUACAGUUUAGUUGUAAUUGAAGAGCACAAAAUCUCUAGUCCCAGUGUUUAUAUUAGCAAUCUGUUAAAAUAGUUUCAGUAGCUUAUUUGAAUAUUUGGGGAUUUUGUGUGUUGUACUUUGCCAGUUUGGGAUCAGUGAAAUUUUGGUUGAUAUUAGCCUUGUUUUGCUGUAUGAAGGUCUGUGUUGGAGAUUGUUGACCACUUUCUGCAUGCUCAGAAUGGAACACGAGGCAAAAUAUCCUCCAUUUGUAGAGAGGAGCAAAGAAGAUAAUGGGAGGGGAGUGGGUGGUGGUGUUGCUGGAUGUGGAAUGCAAGUGUUUGUACAAAGGCUUAUCAGCCUGUCUGAAUCUGCAGAGGUUGAGAAUGCUAAAGGGAUAUUGAACUUCAGAUUAAAAACAAUAAAUAAAUGAUGAGCUGCUUGGCCAACUCCAGUGACCUUUGCGUUGCCCCACCACUUCCCCACCCAUCAAGUUGUAAGCUAGCCCUCUGCAUUUCAACCUGUAGAAACCAAUUAUUGUAGAAACUAGUUUGAUUUUCAAAUUAUUGUUCAUGAGUUACCAUCUCUUUUUUUUCAAACACUCCCCCACCCCCUUCUACUUCACUCCACUCCUCAGAGGGAUGUAUGAUCUUGUAGUUUCCCUUGAAAUAACAUUUAAAGCUAUUUGCUUUUGGAAGUCUAUUUAUAAAUUGAGUGAAAUAUUUUUCAACUGCCUCAUGGAGAUGGUUGAAAAAUUAAUUCUAUGAUUUGAAAGAUUAGAGUAGUAUCCCAGUAUUGGGGUGUAAUUUUGUUUUCUGUCACUCAUGCACAUGUACAUAUUAUGCAUGUAUGAGAUAUUAAGCAUUUGCUUUUAACGAAAAUAAAGAACACUUUUUUUUUGUUUAAGUUCUGGAGUAGGGUUGUGGUGCCCAGAGAGGUUGUAAAUCUACUAAAAUUUGGCUCUCUUGGUUACCAAUAGUAGAUGUUCCCUGGCAUUGCUCACAAUGGACAUUUUUUUGAGACUUAGAUUAAUCAAUAGCAGUGAAAAUUUUCCAAAGUUGAGUCACAGCAGUUGUGGGCAUUUUUAAGCUGUAGGCACCAUAAAAGAGAGAUAUGAAUAUGCAAGACUGGUAAUAUGUUAUAAUGGUAGAAGUUUGUAAAACAUGAGAUUCUUACACAGAGAAGAGAAUACUGAGACUUUAAAUCAAGCUAACCUAAGAGGUACAGGAUUGAAAAUUGAUUUUUUUUUCCCUGAACUCCACCUGUGUGGCAGUUUGGUAUAGAACAGGGAAGGAAAGGUAUUGAUGCAUAAUAGCUGUGUUGAUUUUUAAAAUGGUCUUUUCCCCUUUUCUGAGAAUAUAUGCUGAAGAGUGGUCCCCUACAGAAUGGUCUCCAUAUCAACAAUGGGUUGUUUUGCUGCCUCCUGUGUUAAUAUUUCUAUGGUUCUAUGAAAGCUGCACAAUAUUCACAGCUGUAAUAUACUUGCUGUCCAUGCAUUUGAACAGGUGUGUCAUAUAUUUUCAGGCUGGUGUAUUUUACCUUGGUCUACAGCCAGAUUUAUAUAUAUUUUGGUGCAGUUUCUAAGAAAUAAUUUCCUACUGUUGAGUUCCUUUGUGCAAAGUCUUGUUUUUAUUGCAGAUACGUUUAAGAAUAUUUGUAUGAAAAAUAUUGUGUGAAUUAUUUUUGUAACUAAAUACUCUCCAGAAUUUUUGUUCUUUAAAAAGUACUACCAAAAAUAUUGGUUGUCCAGUUGCCCAGAUUGAAAGCAUUCAAUUUGCAAAUCUAGUUGAGGUAUUUAAAGAGAUUCCAUGUUGUAAGUGCAGGAAAUUUUCUCCUGGAAACCAGAACAAGGUGACACUAUCUUUAAAAUUACAGCUAAGUCAUUCUGGAGUGAUAUGUUUCCACACAGGUUAAAGAAAAUCAGGAAUUCCCAGAUGCAAAUGUUAGGUUGGUGAUUUCUUUGUUCAUGACUGAGAUCAGUAGUUUUUCAUUGGGUAAAGGUGCGGUGGAUGGAACAUAACUGGGCAAGUGGAGUUGAGGCAUAGAUCAGACAUAGUCUGAGUGACAGUGAUUUGAAUGAUUGAACAGUAACCUCCUUUUCCUGUGCUCCAAAUCCCCAGUAUGUUGUAUACCUUAUCAGGACAAGGAGUAGUGGAUCCAUUCUUUCUAAUGGAUGGGAAUUGAUCAGUCUUAUUUUAGAUAGUUAGUGACAUAUUGCCAUAUUGGUGGGUUAUAUUGCAGAGUGUUUGCAGAAAUGUUUGCCAGUAAUGGCAUCGUCACUCACCUUGAGAAAUGAAAGGUUUACUUUGUCCAUGGAAUAAUGCACAUGAAGUAGCUAGAUUUUUCCCAUGUUGCAGAAAAUUAAGAAUUGUUUGUAUUGAUCCCCUACUUCCCUAAUCUCUCUCUGACAGGAUACUUCCUUUAAUAGACUUUUUGCUUUUAUAUAGUUCCCUUCUGAGUUUUGAAAUUUAAUCAGAGUGUAUGACUAAUUUUUACCGAACCUGUUACCGAGGGAAAAUGCCUAAAGGUCUAUAUAAAACACUGCCCUGUCGCUAAGGUUUCAAUAUGAUUCAAUUUUGCUACUCUAAUUAUAAAAUGGAAUGUGAAUCUCUUGCAUUGGCUGAACUGCUGAUUCAGUGUUAUAAUGUGUUGCCUUGACACAAUUUGUAAAGGUGGGAUUAAUCUGCUGUAAUCUUUAUCUUGUGUAGCAGCUGCAAAUUACAAAUUUAAAUUAUUCUCUCAAUUGUACACUUAACGUGAUGGGGUUCAUUAUUGCUUCAUAAGUAAUGCGGAGCUGUUAAGUGCAUAAAUAAAGUGAAAUAAAUGGCAUGAAUAGCUU